GCUGCUCCCGUCAUGGUGAGCUUCUCUCCGGUCCUCUUGGCCUCGUGGUGGUGUUCGUAGUGAGGCGGCGUGGGUGGCGCCGCUGCUGCGUUGGCGCAUGGUGAUGGGCGACGGUUUGGCGGGUCGGUUCCGUCCGGUUGGGCGGUUGGGGGUUGGAAUGCGGGAGAAAUCCCUGCCGGCUUCGGCCCUGACACGGUGACACCUGCGGGUGCCACAAUUCCUUCCUGGAGGGUGUCGGUGGUAUCCACCCCCCACCAUCCUCCGCGUGCCUGGGGAAACCUGAGGACUCGUCCAGGCAGCAGCGUCGUCGGCGUCGCAUCCCUUCUUAGAGGUGCUGCUUGGUACGCGGUGGAUCGGAGCCUUGGUCUGUGGUAAUUUGUUUCCGGUGGGCGCCGCGGUGGCGGGUCAUUCGCGCUUUGCCAAGCUACCGUGGUUGGCAUUUGUUUCUUCUUCUUUUUCUUGGUGUGUUGUGCUGCUCGCCACAGCGUUAUCUGUACUCGGUGAUGGUUGCUUUGGAAUUCAAAGCGGGGGGAAACCCUUUUUCGGUAAAGAUAAGGCAAAAGUAAUAUGACUUGUGAGCUGUUAUAUUUCUACUUGAUUUGUGUCCUCACUUGUUUGUUAUAUAUUCUCAUCUAUUGUGUGCGAUUCUGCAGAAGCUUUCGGCUAAUUACUCUGAAUAUCGGAAAGUACCUGGAGACGGGAGUUGCUUUUACAGAUCGUUCAUAUACUCAUACCUGGAGCAGCUUGUGAAAGUAUCUCACGAGGAGGAGCUACGUUUACUUGGUGCACUUGAACCUAUGUGGGAGAAAUUCCAAAGGCUUCAUUUGCCUGGUUCAUAUUCAGAUCUUCAUGAUGCUUUUGCGGGCUUCAUACUGGAAUGUAUGGAACAAAAACAAAAACUGUCAGUAAGUGGCUAUCAGGAGUGGCUUUUCCAGGAGAGUCAAAAUGAGCAGAAGUUUGCGAACAUACUUCUGUAUCUUCGACUUGUGACAGCUAUUGAGAUAUGCACUGAGGUUGAACAGUUUAAGGCAUACAUAACCGACCUUGAUCAAGGAAAGCCCGAUGCAACAAAGUACUGCCUGGAGGAGGUUCUCCCAGUGGAGGAAGAUGCACAACAAGUGAAUCUCACUGCGCUCACCAAUGUCCUACAGGUGCCACUCCGAGUUGUUAACAUUGACGUUUCACCGAUUGAGGAGCCUAACAUCCACAUCAUCUACGAGUCACCAGAUUCCUCGGUUCCUACUGUGACACUGCUGUAUAGACCAGGGCAUUAUGAUAUCAUCUACGAGAAGUCAUAGCUGUAGAUUGUAGUAACAGAUAUCAUAUGACAUGUCGCGGGAGAGUUGCUGGCCGCGUUGCGAUAUACUCUAUACAUGUA